CGAUGCAGCAGGUGGCGGAAUGACCGUAUUCCUUGGUUCGGAAUCCGCAAGAAAACGAAGAGAAGAAGCAGCAACUCUGAGCAACAGCAGAAGAAGUAGUUCUGUGCGAGACAACAGCGAAUUUGGAAUAAGGUGGUUGAUUUGUUAUGCGAUUCGGAUCCUCAUUAGCACGCUAGUUCUGAAUACAUCACCUGAAGCACAAGAAUAUCUCGCUGCCAAGGAGAAGCUUCAGAUUUACAGACAUAAACAGCUAGUUGAGCUUUAUUGCCAAGCAGCAGUUGCAGGCCACGAGCAAGGAGUCAGUAUGAACUCCUGGGUCCGCUUUAACGCGCAGAGCCAAGCCAAGGAGAAGCUUUUUAGAGCUGCUCAGUACGCCUGCACUCUGCUGGGAUACACUUUGCAGAAGGGCGGGGCAGGGGCGCAACUCUACAGAACUGUUCUUCAGCUGGAAGCGCACAUGAGCCUGACAAGAAAGUUGCUGCGUCUGGGAAACUCUGUGGAGGCACUGGAGGCUGCCAAGAGGGCCAUACACCUUUCUGACAGCGUACUGAGGCUCUGCCUGACCAUCAGCCACCUCAACAGAGCCUUGUACUUUGCCUGUGAUAAUGUCCUGUGGGCUGGAAAAACAGGCCUCAUCUCUAGACUGGACCAGCACAAAUGGAGUCAGAGAUCUUUCAGGUACUACCUCUUUGCUUUGAUCCUCAACCUGACUCGAGAUGUAUAUGAGCUCCGCCUUCUCAUGGAGUGUGACACGCGUCACAGAGCCACCAAAUCCCCCCCUUCCCCAUCCCUCGGAAUCCCCGCUGACCACCUGUCCUACCCCUCCUCACCUGCGGCUCCAGCCACUGUGGCCCUGCCCAUCAUGUCAGAUUGGCUCCGCAGACAGCUUCACCUACUGGUAGCUGUGCUGUACAGCAACCCACCGCUGCUCUUAGACCUGCUGAAGAAUAGCUGUGAUAUCUUCAUCCCUCUGGACCGGCUGGGGGUUUACCCAACAGGACCUGGCUUUGUAGGGGCCUGUGGCCUGGCCUCCUCUAUUCUCUCCAUCCUCACCAUGGUCCACCCCUGGCUCAAACUCAAACCAUGAACCAGGAUUAAUAGUGAAGUCCAUCUGAACAGCCCCAAGGAGGAGUGAGAUUCCAGUGUAAUGGGGUCAACAUACUGAUGGUUCUCUGAAGACAGCAUCUGCUGCUGUUCACUCAUCACGUUUGGAACUAGUGGCAGGGCAUCCAGAUCCUUCAGAUAUGCUCAAAAUAAGUGACAGGGUACACCCCGAGAAGCUUUUGCAUCACACAAUGCUUAUAUACCACUAACACCUCACAGCUCAUUUCUGACUCGCAUGUCUGAACUAAUCAGCUUUGUAUUGAAGUGUAGUGCUGCUGCACAGAGCCCACUGUCUCAGACUUCCACAAAGUUACUCAUACUCAACCAUCAUUCUACACUUCAUAGUCCAGCCGUUACCUCUCAGUACUCAGAGGCUGAAGGCACUACAGUAAAGAGCUGUAGGAUGGUGGCUCCAUUCAUUUAGGCUAACAAAUAGAUGCAGACAGUCUGUAGAGCCUCUUAGAUGCUGCGCUGCUCUCUAGAGGCCCAAAGGUUCUGCUGUGUUGCACAUGUGACACCACCCAGAUGUGAUGUGUUGUUGAACUGUAGAUGUUUGUAUUGUCAGUUGUUUCAUGUGGCACCACCCUGUUAAUCAGGAAGUCAAUGAGGAGAUGUGGAAUCAGUGUUGGUCUCCAAAUGUUACAUUGUGCAGGCUUUGCAGUUUUGACACAGGACCUGUUUUUAAAUAAACCUCCUACUGUUUUCAUGAA